CUGAACAUGAGCUCGCUCUGAACACCUUUGGUAGCGAUAUCCAGCGACUUAUCACGUUGGGACAGACCUUUGACAAUCUAUCCAAGUAUUUCAGGAAGGACAAUUCUCAUGCCUUCAACAUUAUACCGUAGAAUCAAUAGGAGGAAGUCGCUGAGAGUAUUUGAACAAAUGUUCUACUGUUUAUCACGAAUAACAGCCAUUGUGACACUGCUCAUCACUUCGGCCCUCAUCAACAACCGUGGGAGCUUUGAAUGGUCAUCACAAUCCAGCCGGUUGCCUGAGAAUUUCCCCACAUCAAACACUUCUCGGUACAUAUUUUACGCAUCUUGCAUUAUUUACACAAUGGUUGCCACCACCUGGUAUCACAUACAUCAAUGGGAUGCGCUUCAAGACCGUUUUCUUCUUGGAUCAAUGCUUUCUGGUCUUGCAUUUGGAAUCUACCUAAAGCAGGACCUCGAAGCUAUACUAUUCGGCAUCCUUCCUUUCGCAAUAUCAACAGGCCUUCUGCUGAAUAGAGCUUGUGCAAUUCUCAGUCAAAUACGAAUCGAAAACACAACAAACCUGCACAAUGUUAUUGACGACAACACGACUUCGAGUGAGAAACAACGUCAGAUCAUGGAAGCCGUUUGAUUUAGUCAUACGGGCGUAUGUGCAUGGAAUUUUCUUGGAACACUACAAUGUCACUGGCAAUUUCCGGUCUAUCAACCUUCACAGGAAUCCACCCACUUUUGAAUAAGGGAUUAGUUAGAUUAUACAAUAUCCUUGCUGUUUCCUGUAACUAAGAAGCUGUCACAGAGAAUGAUACUAGACACUUCUGA